CCAACUGAUGCAACAAAAGUUGUCUCUCAUCCAAUUACAGGAGAAAUUCAGCUUCAAAUCAACUAUGAUCUUGGAAAUCUCAUAAUCCAUAUUCUCCAAGCAAGAAACCUUGUCCCUCGAGAUAACAAUGGCUAUUCUGACCCUUUUGUUAAAGUGUACCUUCUUCCAGGGCGAGGUGCUGAGUACAAGAGAAGGACUAAAUAUGUCCAGAAAAGUCUUAAUCCCGAGUGGAAUCAAACAGUAAUUUAUAAAAGUAUUUCCAUGGAACAGCUCAAGAAGAAAACCCUGGAGGUGACAGUUUGGGAUUAUGAUAGAUUUUCUUCUAAUGACUUCCUUGGGGAGGUAUUGAUCGAUUUGUCUAGCACAUCUCACCUCGAUAACACUCCUAGGUGGUAUCCACUCAAAGAGCAGACUGAAAGCAUUGAUCAUGGCAAGUCUCAUUCCAGUCAGAGCAGCCAACACUCCCCAAAGCCAUCUGUCAUCAAAAGCAGAAGCCAUGGUAUCUUCCCUGACCCAUCCAAGGACAUGCAGGUUCCUACCAUUGAGAAAUCCCACAGUAGUCCUGGUAGCUCAAAAUCAUCAUCUGAAGGCCAUCUCCGCUCUCAUGGACCAUCUCGCAGUCAAAGCAAGACCAGCGUCACUCAAACCCACCUGGAAGAUGCAGGGGCUGCCAUAGCUGCAGCCGAAGCUGCCGUGCAACAACUCCGCAUUCAACCAAGUAAAAGACGCAAAUAAAUUCCUCAGCAUGGCAGCUUAAUGUUCAUCUGUUGCCUUUCUCUCCUGCUGUCCUUCCCUGUUUGCUUUCUGUUUUUGGCAUUCCCUGCUCACUUUGUUCUCUGUCCCUUUGUCUGUGUAAGAAUAGUAUCAAUACAUAAAUAUGCUCUUCCUUAUUUAGUUUUUGUUUUUUAAUUUAUAUAGACUGCAAUAAAACUGGCUGUUUCUCCUUUGUUUCCCCCAUCCAUCCAACCUGGCUCAUAGUAUUUGGUAGCUGUGUCUAUGAUGUUUGCAGGUAAAGCAACGUUGUAUGUCCUUUUUGUGUGUGCUUAAAUAUCCCUUAGAAGGCAGGAGUUAAAAGCACAAAGGGUUGCCAGUUUUCCAGGCAUUA